AUGUUGCCCGUGUGCUUUUUUAAUCUUCAGCUCCCGCGUUCUUUUCUUGAAAUUUUUGUGAUUGCUGCUGCAUGUGGAAUGUCUGAGGUAAGUGCGAGAAUGUUUGGUGAGAAUGAUGUUAUGUGGUAUGAUGAGAAUGUUAAUUUAAGAUAUUUGCAUGGAUUAGUUAAAGAUAAGGAAACGUUUGAAUUUUGUAUGAAAGCGGGUUUGAUUGCGAAUAAAUAUGAGUGUUGUAAGUGUGGUAAGGAUAUGAAAUUGGUUGAAAGGCACGAUAUAAGUGAUGGUUUUGAGUGGAGGUGUAAAUCUAAGGUGAAAGGACAAAUGCAUGACGUCAAAAGGAGUGCGAAAAAGGGUUCUUUUUAUAAAUUGAGUCGAAUGACAUUGAAGGAGAUUUUAGUUCAGGUAUAUUUGUGGGUGACUCCGAGUAAGGUUGAUUUUAAUAUGAAAGAAAGUAAAUGUUCUUCUAAGACUGUGUGUGAUUAUCGUUCCUACUGCCGUGAGGUUUGUGUGGUAGAGAUGAUUGAAAGUAGUAUGAAAGUGGGUGGAAGCGGCGUGACUGUUGAGAUAGAUGAGAGUAAAUUCGGGAAACGUAAAUUUAAUCGGGGGAAACAUGUGGAAGGUAAAUGGGUGUUUGGGGGAGUUGAGCGCGAGAAGGGCAAAUGUUUUAUGAAAGCUGUGGAUGAUAGGACGACUGAUUCUUUGUUGAGUGUGAUUAAUGAGUAUAUUCUUCUGGGUUCGAUAAUAAUUUCAGACUGCUGGAAGAUCUACGAUUGCCUUUCUAAUGAAGGCUUCGUGCAUCUGAAGGUAAAUCAUAGUGUGAAUUUGAAGGACCCGGAUACAGAUGCACACACUAAUACCAUAGAAGGAACGUAG